AUGGCAACAAUUACUGGACUUGCAAGCAAAAGACAACUCAAUGACGGUAACGCUAUUCCAUGCGUUGGUUUUGGUGUUUAUAACACCAAACCUGGCAUUCAAACUGAGCAAGCUCUCCUUUGGGCUUUAGAGGCUGGUUAUCGUCAUGUCGAUACUGCUUCUUGCUACCGAAACGAAGAAGGUGUUGGCAAGGCUCUAAGCAAAACACAAGUGCCUCGUAGCGACAUAUUCGUUACCACCAAGCUCUGGGAUACGGAUCAAGGUUAUGAAAAGGCUUUGGCAGCUUUCGAUAAGAGUAUUGGUAAGCUCGGCUUAGAUUAUGUGGAUCUGUACCUUGUCCACAGUCCUUCUCCCGGCACCAAGCUUCGUCUCGAAACAUGGAAGGCAAUGGAGCAUUUAAAAAAGUCUGGCAAGGUUAAGAGCAUCGGUGUUUCAAAUUACGGCGUGCAUCACUUGAAGGAACUGCUUGAAGUUUGCGAAAUUAAACCCGUUGUGAACCAGGUCGAGAUUACACCUUAUCUCGCACGCACAGAUAUCGAAAAGUUUUGCAAGGAGCAUAACAUUAUACUUGAGGCGUACUCUCCCUUGACAAUGGGAGAAAAGCUUAAAGAUUCGGCACUUGUUGAGAUCGCAAACAAAUAUAACAAGAGCACAGCGCAUAUUCUCAUCCGAUGGUCCAUCCAACACGGUUACGUCCCGUUGCCCAAGUCCGUUCACCAAGAGCGUAUCGUCAGCAACACGGAGGUUUUCGACUUUGAGAUCAGCGAUGAAGACAUGAACACAUUGGAUGGUUUCGACGAGCAUUUUGUGACAGAAUGGGAUCCAACUCGCUAUGACUAG